CAUCUUUUUCUUUUCUUAUUUUCUUUCUUUUUUAUAAUUUUUUGGUCUUCGCUCCCCAAUCCAAUUCCUCGCCGAUUUUAUUUUUAUCUUUUUUCUUCUUCUUUAAAAAAACGGCGAUCGGAGACUUUGCAGUCGCCGCUUCAACGACCCACUGCCGCCGACACCAUCUUAUCGGAGAUCUCUUUGUCGUUGAUUCGUAGGUUUUGAAUCACUAUCAAGGACAGUUCGCUUGGUUCUUCAUGGGGAGGUAAACUGGAUAGAACAUAUUCCAUGGUGUCCAGAUGAGCAGAACUGAUGUUAUUGGCAGUAGAAGGAGGAGGAUUCUUCUCUUCUUCGGCUUCUGGGUAUAGCAAAGGUCUGACCCUUCUUCUCUUGGGUCAGAAGAACGAAGAUAAACCCAUGAGAGUUUCGCCGUGGAAUCAUUACCAGUUGGUGGACCAAGAAUCUGACCCUGACCUCCAGCUGGCUUCCACGAAGAACAGACUUGCCCGCGGCUGUGCUUCCUUUGUCUGCUUUGGUCGCACUUCCGCUGGGCUUGACACUCCAUCUCCUCUUAAAGUUGGACCUGCCCAACAACAGGAUGUCUCGCCAGGGUCUCUUGUUUCCGAUAAGGGCACAGAUCAGACGGCUGAUCAUGAUGAUGGUGAUGCAAGAAAGGUUGCUCUUAAGAGUAGCUUGAAGAAGCCAUCAAAUAGUACUCCUGCUUCUUCCAACACUGCUAAUGAGUAUACAGCACUGGGUGACACAGGAAGGAAUAUCCCUGCUCCUAAUGAAAGAAGAAAAGUUCAAUGGACUGAUACUUGUGGGAGUGAUCUUGUUGAGAUCAGGGAAUUUGAGCCCAGUGAGGCAGAUGCAUCGGAUGAUGACUUUGACAGUGGGAAUGAAAGAAGUUGUUCAUGUGCAAUUAUGUAGCUUGUGGCUUUACUUGCGAAGAAUUUGUACUCGGCCUCUCUGUUUUUUCGUGCGAUGAUGCCAUCAGUUUAAGUUACAGCCAUGGGAAGCUUGGUCACUCGUUUCCGGGAGAAGAAAAGGUGGGAUUUUUCUGAGUAACAAAAAGGAUACCAGCAUAGCAAGGAGUUGCCCAGCUCUUGGCAGGGUCGUCAGAAUGAUCAUUUAUAUGUUUAUAUUCGGUUGCUGCAGGUUUCAAUUUUGUCACUCAAAAGGCUUGUGGCCAUUUUACUUCAUUUUGUUAAAUUAUUCUUAUCGUUCUUGUGUGACUGCACCUGUCCAUUGUUUUUAUGUUAAUUAAUGUGCUAAUUUUUUUUUUUUUUCUUCGUCUUUUUUGUUGAGAUCAUUCUGAGGAUACUUUGAAAUUUGCUCUUCUCCUGAAUAUGUAGAGUAUCAUAAAGAUCAUAGUAUUAAAGUCUGUUUCUUA